AAAUAUGCAUGCUUUUGGCAUGCAAUUGAGUAUUUCCUAUGACGUGUGACAUGAGGAAGACUGUAUAUAGAUCUGACCAAAGCAAGAAGGGCUUUACUAAGGGCGUAAGUGUGCAGCCGAGGAAUAUGGAGACCACCGUGAAAAACAAGCAAGUGAUACUGAGAAACCAUGUGGAGGGUAUCCCAAAAGAGUCUGAUCUUAUGAUUGUCACCGCUUCAGACAUCAUGGAACUCAAGGUUAAGCCCGGAUCAGGGGCAAUGCUGGUGAAGAAUCUUUACUUGUCUUGUGACCCUUACAUUGGAUUUUUGAUGAGAGAACCAACUCCUUCGAUUUCAGCACUUUUGGAUGCUUUCGUCCCUGGCAAGCCUAUAUAUGGAUUUGGAGUGUCUAAGGUGAUAGCUUCUGAUAAUCCAGGUUUUGCAGAAGGUGAUUUUGUUCACGGAAUCGUCAACUGGGAGGAGUAUAGUAUUAUUAACGCGACUGGUAGUGGUAGAUUCACCAAAAUCGACAUCAAUAUCAAUGUGCCUCUCACCUAUUAUACCGGAAUCCUUGGUAUGCCAGGUCUGACUGCUUAUGGUGGAUUUUUCGAGAUAUGUUCACCUAAGAAAGGAGAAACAGUGUUUGUGUCCGCGGCUUCUGGUGCGGUUGGUCAGUUAGUGGGUCAAUUUGCUAAGUUGAUGGGCUGCUAUGUUGUUGGAAGUGCUGGAAGUAAACAAAAGGUCGAUCUCUUGCUGAACAAAUUUGGUUUCGAUGAUGCAUUCAAUUACAAGGAAGAGCCUGAUUUUGACUCCGCCUUAAAAAGGUGUUUCCCAAAAGGCAUUGACAUAUACUUUGAGAACGUGGGAGGCAAAAUGCUUGACGCUGUGCUACUUAACAUGAGAACUUCAGGAAGAAUCGCUGUCUGUGGGAUGAUCUCUCAGUACCAUCUUGAAACCAGAGACUUGGUACAAAAUCUACCAGACAUCAUGUUCAAGAGGAUAAGGAUGCAAGGGUUUGCUUGUUACGAGUUCAACGAUCAAAAACCCAAGUUUUUGGAGUUUGUGCUUUCCAACAUAAAAGAAGACAAGUUAACUUACGUUGAAGACAUAGUGGAAGGACUCGAGAACGGUCCUGCUGCUCUUGUUGGACUUUUACAUGGACAAAACGUUGGUAAGCAAGUUGUCCAAGUUGCUCAAGAGUGACCGAGUUGUAUGUAAAACUAUUUGGGCUGUAUGUGAAACUUUUAAAGUUUGAGCUCUAAUUUGGAAUUGAUAUGGAAAAUAAAGGAUAUAUAUUAUCAAAUUCC